UGAUUCCGUUACACAAUUUUCAAGAGAGGAGGAGGCCAAUUAAGAGUUUGGACUUGGGAAUUUCAUUGUACUAAAUUUCUGUCUUCUCCAUUUCCAAAGUCUUCAAAAGUCAUUUGACCGUUUUCGUUGUAUUCUCUAUAUAAACCACCAUCAUCUUUCAACGACAAUAUAUAAUAUUAUAGAUAUGGCAACUCUAACUAACAAAGAGCAUUUCUCGGGUGGACUUGCAAAGGUUUUGGCAAAAAAAUGGAAAGUUGACGUAAUGCUCAAGGCAAAGAAUAGUGAUGAGGGUUCAGCUAUCUCUGCCCACAAACUUAUUCUGGCAUCAAGAUCGGAGGUUUUUAGGAAGAUGUUGGAAUUAGAGGAGGUUAAGACUUCGACAAAACAAGUGGAAACAAUCACUCUCUCAGAUAUGAAACAAGAAGAGUUAGAAGCGUUUGUUGAGUUUAUAUACAGUGAUGGCACAAUGCUUUCUGCUAACGUGAAACAACAUGCUCGCUCACUCUAUCUUGCGGCUGAUAAAUACGAGAUUAUGCAUCUUCGAGACCUAUGCAGAACCAAGCUUAUAUCUUCUCUGAGUUUGUCGAAUUCUCUUGACCUCCUUGAGCUCGCCCAAAUCCCUUUUGACAAAGUCCUUCACGAUGCAGCCUUUAGUUAUAUCAAAAAGAAUAUAAUAACGAUUGCUAGCUCUGAUGAGUUCAAAUUGUUCGUCGCCAGUAACCCAAAUCUUUCCGUGGAGAUAAUGAAGGCUUCUCUUACUUGUACAGCUGUAAGCUGUUCUAACUGUGGUUACUACAAUAAUCCUCUUAGUGGAAGCUGUUGUAAUUGUGGUCGCUUCGGUACUCUUCGUUGGAUUUCUGUCGUAUCACUUUGA